UUUUUUGGUAUAAAUAAACAAAGUAUUGCCCCUAUAAUCUAGAUUAUAUCAAUCUAGUAAUAAUAAAAGAAAAUGAGGUUCAUUGCCCUUGUGUUCUUGGUUGGUGCUUUGGCCAUUAUAGCUGUUGAUUGCAACUCUGAAGGAGAUGCUCUUAAUGCAUUCAAAACUAAUGUGGCAGACCCAAACAAUGUGCUUCAAAGUUGGGACCCAACUUUAGUCAACCCUUGCACAUGGUUCCAUGUCACUUGCAACUCCCAAAAUAGUGUUGUGAGAGUGGACCUAGGUGAUGCUAAUCUCUCUGGAUCCUUGGUACCUCAAUUAGGAAUGCUAAGCAAUCUCCAAUACUUGCAAAUCCAAAAUAAUUCAAUUAGUGGAGAAAUUCCAAGUGAAUUAGGGAACCUCACAAAGUUAGUAAGCUUGGGGUUAGAAAAUAACAAGCUCAGUGGUUUUAUUCCAUCGUCUCUUGGCUAUUUAAAAUUACUACGAUAUAUGAGAUUGAAUAGUAAUAAAUUAUCAGGGGAGAUUCCUAUUUCUGUCUUGAAGCUCGUCUUGUGGGGCAAUUUGAAGCUUAUGAAUGUUUCAGACAAUAAACUGGCAGGGACUGUCCAUCAUACUAAUAAAACAGGAUUUGCAAUUACAACAAUUGUUCAAGACGUCAAGGAAAUAUAGCAUUCUCCAGACAAGUUGCAGUAAUUCUAUAUAUUAAUUAAUUAAUUAAUGUAUCAAGUCAAAGUCAAGAUUUAGGAUAUUUGUGAUUCUGAAUAAUUAAUAUUAAAAUAUGAUUGAAAUAUAUGUACGUAAGGAAAAUAAUUAAUUAUUCAAUAAUUCUAUAUUGAUGUAUUUGUUAUUUGACUUUGAUUA